AAUUGAAUUGACAGUGGCUAAGGCCCAUAAAUUAUUCAAAUAAUUUGCAAUGCAUAUAUCUAGCAAGGUUAAUUCUUGGAACUAGGCUCGGCUAAUUGAGCUCGCAUUUCUACGGCAUACUACCAGUCAUCACACUAUAAAAACUUCUCUACUCACAACUCCAAAGCACCCCGAUAACUGAUAAGAUAAGCGAGCAAAUCGAAGCCAAAGCUCCAUUGUCUGGAAAAGAAGUCGAGCAGCAGUGUCGAAUCAGUCUAGCAAGUGGAUUAACCUCGUCAGCAUGAAAUUCCUGAGCAUUCUUCUGGCCCUGUGCCUGUUCCUGGCCCUCGCCGUGUCGCCAAUUCGCAGUGAUGAUGAUGUCGCGGAAAAGGAAUUCUGUCCCUGCCCCAGGAACUUCGAUCCCGUUUGUGGCAGCGACCUAAACACAUAUCCCAAUCGCUGCGAAUUCGAUUGCAAGCGCCGAAAAGUCGAACGCCAGGGACGCAGCAUGGGCAUACUUAGAUCCGGAAACUGCUAGUCCAAAAUUCCCGAUUGCAACAAACCAAAGAAACAUCCAGAAAUAUAUUAAAUCAAAUAAAAUAUGUGCCUUGUAUUAAUCAUCAAUGUGGAAUAUAAAGAAAUAAAUCAGCUUAUCAGCCAGAGCAUUUGGCAUUGCAA